AUGGUAUCUGCACCGUUGGCACCAAGAGUAAAAAAGACUGUUGAAGAAACGUAUCAGAAAGUCACCCAAAUCGAGCAUAUUGUAAAACGUCCAGAUACAUACAUUGGUUCGAUAUGCGCUAGAACUGAGGCACUAUGGGUGUAUGACAAAGAAAAGGAAGCAAUGACCUGUCGUACGAUAACUUUUGUUCCUGGAUUGUACAAAAUAUUCGAUGAAAUUCUCGUAAAUGCCGCCGAUAACAAGAUUCGUGAUCCAUCGAUGGAUACCAUUAAAGUAACUAUAGAUGUGGCCAAUAACACCAUUUCCAUAUAUAAUAACGGGCAGGGGAUUCCAGUGGAAGUUCACAAGAAAGAAAAUGUCUACGUGCCAGAAUUAAUAUUCGGACACUUACUCACCUCGUCUAAUUACGACGACGAUGAGAAAAAAGUCACUGGAGGACGAAAUGGAUACGGAGCUAAACUAUGUAACAUAUUUAGUAGUGAAUUCACAGUUGAAACAAACAAUAGACAAUCAGGAAAGGCAUUCACUCAGACAUUUUCAAAGAACAUGAGCCAGAUGAGUCAACCAAAACUUACAGCGGCCAGCAAAAAGGAAGAUUUUACUCGCAUCACAUUCAAACCAGACCUUGGAAAGUUUGGCAUGACCACGAUCGACAAUGACACCGAGGCGCUUCUUAUUAAACGCGUCUAUGAUCUAGCCGGAAGUGUAAAAGAUGUAAAGGUGUUUUUGAACGGAGAAAGGAUAAAGGUGAAGAAUUUUAAGCAGUAUUGCGAGCUGUACUUUAUGACGGACGUAGCGGAUGGAGAGGCAAGGCCAACACUUGUUUAUGAAAACGUUAACGAUCGAUGGGAAGUUGGC